UGGUCCUCAUCAGUAGCGAUGCUAAUGGCGAGAAAGUUCGAAACAGAUGAAGAGGAGUGCAAAAAGGAAUACGCUGAAUACGAGGCAGCCGAGAAGAAAUUGAUUGAUUCAUAUCGAAAGAGAGAAGGUCCGAGGGAAUUGACAAUUACAGUGAAUGCGUUGUGGGUGAAGAUAGAUAAGUUGAGAGCCGAGUGGAACUGGAGACCGAUCAGGGACAUAAACUCGGUGGGCGGUGUUGAUCAGGCAGAUGUUGAACGGUACGUGAGUUAUGCGGAUGUAGAGGGGGCAUUGUUCGAUUUUGAGAGUGAGGAAAUUGUGGUGCAAUUAGUUUUGGAUAUUAUUGAAGAGUUGGGUGGUGAUAUUUAUGGAAAGGUGAGUGGAUUAUGA